UAAUCAUUUUAUAAUGCAUACAUAUAUCAAAACAUCAUUUACUCUUUAAAUAUACAAAAUUUUCAUUUGUCAAUUAUACCUCAGUGAAGCUGCAAAAAGAAGAAAAUAGGCCUUAAUUUCUUUUAAAUUUGCACAAAUAAAAUUAAAACUGUGCUAAGUAUUAUGAAGGAGAGGUAAAUAGUAAAAUAAAAAUGUCUACUGAGGUUAACUGACCUGCUUGGGGAGGUCUGGGAGGGAUUUCCAGUGGAAGUGGCCUUGAUGGAAGAUUGUAGUUGAAUCACAUAAGGAGGUGGUGGAGGAAGGCAUUUCAGGCCUGGCAGAUGCCAUUGUGGCUGAUGCACAGAGAUCAAGAAAGAUAAAGCAGGAUUAUGUCAAGAAAUGGCUGGAAAGGAAUUUUGAAGCUAGACCUUGUGGGGACUUGUAAGUCUUGUUAAGGAUUUUGAUACUUUGUUGUAAGAGCAAUGGAAAACCACUAAUGCCAUUUAAGGAGGAUGCUCAGAGUAGGUGAUAUGAUGCUGUCUUUUCUUUUUAAAAAAUACUUAACUCUUUAAUUCUUUUGGAGUUUGUUUUUAUGGGGCCUACAAAUAUUUUUUUCUAAGCAGUUAAAGUCACUGUACCUUUAGUUGAAUAAUUUUUUCUUUUCCCAUUUUUCUGAAGUGUACUCUUAUCAUAAAGUAAAAUUUUAUAUAUCACUUGUGUCUUUUAUGCAGCAGGAUGUUUUGAUAGGACCUAUGUGCUGUGAUCUGAGUGUUUGUGUCCCCCCACCACCAAUUCGUAUGUUGAAACCUAACCUGCAAUGUGAUGGUAUUAGGAGGUGGCCUUUGGCAGGUGAUUAGGUCAUGACAAUGGAGCCCUCAUGAAAAGGAUUCGCACCCUUACAAAACAGGCCCCAUGCAGCUGCCUUGUCCCUUCCACCACAUAAGGACCCAGCAAGAAGGAGCUCUGAAUCAGAAAGGAGCCCUCACCAGACACCAAAUCUGCCUGCUUGAUCUUGGACUUGAUCUUGCCCCUCCCCGCCUCCAUAAUGAUGAUAAAUACAUUUCUGUUGCUAAUAAUCUACCCAGUUUAUGGUAUUUGUUAUAGCAGUCCAAACAGAAAAAAAAUUGCUUGUUUUUUCUUCCUUAUUUAGUCUUACUUCAGUGGAAUCUGUUCAUUCCUAUUUUAGGCCAUAUUUAUCCUUAUUCUCAGUGUCUGUAUUUUGGGCGACCUUGAAGGUUUGACAAUCCCCCUUUGGCCUUUUAAAGUAGAGGGCAGAGUGUUGCGCAGUCUGGACCCAACUGUGUUUUAUCUUGGCCUUUAUUGGCUGUGGAUCUGUUGUCCCGUGCAGGGAUUUUUUGGUCUCUUGUUCAGGUCUUUUUAUGAGGGCAGGAAUUGAUUCUGUAAUGAUGUGAAAACAUAAGUAUUUUGCAAGCCAACAAUUUUGCACACUGCAGAGCCUACUGCUCUUUGUUCUUCUAGGCUAAACUUCCCCAAUGAUUGACUUAUGGAUCAAAGCCCCAGACCCAUUGCAUGCUGGAAGAUGAAGCUGGUGGAAAUUAAAGUGGAAUUGGAAUAAGAAAAGACUUACUGAGAGAAAGGGACAGUUCUCAGUGAUUUUAGAAAGCAGGUUAAGGGUGUAGUUUGCUCCCCUUUGUUCAAGCCCAGUUUCUGGGAGGUGGGGCACAUAUUUUGGCUAGGUGAAGGAAAUUCUGCUGUUUGACCAUCCUCCUCAUUCUUUGAUUAAGGUCUCAGGGCUUCAACUGAGUUUUAGUUUUACUAACAUUUAGUUAGUAGAUGUUUCUUCAGUUUUUUCAGAGAUCAUUGAGCCAUUUGUCAAGAUUCCAGGACUGUGAGAACAUCAAUACGAUGAUGAGCCAGUGAGCCUUUGUAGGCAGCCAAUCCCAGAGAGGCAGACGGGAUGGCUAGUUCAGCCCGGGAGCACCUGCUUUUUGUGAGGCGUCGAAAUCCCCAGAUGCGGUACACAUUGAGCCCAGAGAACCUCCAGAGCCUCGCCGCCCAGAGCUCCAUGCCAGAGAACAUGACCCUGCAGCGGGCCAACAGCGACACCGACCUGGUGACUUCUGAGAGCCGCUCCAGCUUAACUGCCAGCAUGUACGAGUACACGCUGGGGCAAGCCCAGAACCUCAUUAUCUUCUGGGACAUUAAAGAGGAGGUGGACCCCAGUGAUUGGAUUGGACUUUAUCAUAUAGAUGAGAAUUCUCCAGCCAACUUCUGGGAUUCUAAGAACAGGGGUGUGACUGGAACACAAAAAGGGCAAAUUGUAUGGAGAAUUGAGCCUGGGCCCUAUUUCAUGGAACCGGAGAUAAAAAUCUGUUUUAAAUAUUACCACGGCAUUAGUGGAGCCCUGCGAGCCACGACCCCCUGCAUCACCGUGAAGAACCCAGCUGUGAUGAUGGGGGCAGAAGGCAUGGAGGGAGGUGCUUCAGGAAACCUGCAUUCUCGAAAACUCGUUAGCUUUACAUUGUCAGAUCUUAGGGCAGUUGGGCUAAAGAAAGGGAUGUUCUUCAAUCCUGACCCUUAUCUUAAGAUGUCAAUUCAGCCAGGAAAGAAGAGCAGUUUCCCCACCUGUGCCCACCAUGGGCAGGAGAGACGGUCUACUAUCAUCAGUAACACCACCAAUCCAAUUUGGCACCGAGAGAAAUAUUCCUUUUUUGCACUUCUUACUGAUGUCUUAGAAAUUGAAAUUAAAGACAAAUUUGCCAAGAGCCGUCCCAUCAUCAAGCGUUUUCUGGGGAAACUAACCAUUCCAGUCCAGAGGCUGCUGGAGCGACAAGCCAUCGGUGAUCAAAUGCUCAGCUACAACCUUGGCAGAAGGCUCCCAGCUGACCACGUGAGUGGGUACCUCCAGUUUAAAGUGGAGGUUACAUCUUCUGUUCAUGAAGAAAUGCUGUUUUCUCAUUCAGAUGCCUCUCCAGAAGCUGUUGGCACAAUACUUGGAGUCAAUUCUGUGAAUGGAGACUUAGGUAGCCCUUCCGAUGACGAGGACAUGCCAGGGAGCCAUCACGACAGCCAGGUGUGCUCUAAUGGGCCAGUUUCUGAGGACAGUGCUGCCGAUGGAACCCCCAAGCAUUCAUUCAGGACUAGCUCCACUCUGGAAAUAGACACAGAGGAAUUAACCUCUACUUCUUCAAGGACCUCACCUCCCAGAGGACGUCAGGAUUCACUCAAUGAUUACUUAGAUGCUAUCGAACACAAUGGCCACUCCAGGCCGGGGACAGCGACCUGCUCUGAGAGGUCCAUGGGUGCCUCUCCGAAACUGAGGAGUAGUUUUCCCACCGACACAAGACUCAAUGCCAUGCUUCAUAUUGACUCAGAUGAAGAAGAUCACGAGUUCCAGCAAGACCUGGGUUACCCGUCUUCCUUGGAGGAGGAGGGAGGCCUGAUCAUGUUUAGCAGGGCAUCCAGAGCUGAUGAUGGAAGCCUGACAUCUCAGACAAAGCUGGAGGACAACCCUGUUGAGAAUGAGGAAGCCUCCACACACGAAGCUGCUUCCUUUGAGGAUAAGCCAGAAAAUCUUCCAGAGCUUGCAGAGAGCUCCUUACCUGCAGGCCCAGCCCCAGAGGAAGGUGAAGGCGGCCCAGAGUCUCAACCCAGUGCUGACCAGGGCAGUGCUGAACUGUGUGGCUCUCAAGAGGUAGAUCAGCCCACAAGUGGGGCAGACACGGGGACUUCUGAUGCAUCAGGAGGAAGCCGAAGAGCUGUCAGUGAGACCGAGUCUCUCGAUCAGGGCUCUGAGCCUUCCCAGGUGUCCUCUGAAACAGAACCCAGUGAUCCUGCCAGGACAGAGAGUGUGAGCGAAGCCAGCACCAGGCCUGAGGGAGAGAGUGACCUGGAAUGCGCUGACAGCUCCUGCAAUGAGAGUGUGACCACGCAGCUGUCCUCUGUGGACACACGGUGCUCCUCUCUUGAGAGCGCACGGUUUCCUGAAACCCCAGCCUUUUCUUCUCAGGAGGAGGAAGACGGAGCCUGUGCAGCAGAGCCCACCAGCAGCGGCCCUGCCGAAGGGUCACAGGAAUCCGUGUGCACUGCUGGUUCUUUACCUGUGGUACAGGUGCCCAGUGGGGAGGAUGAAGGGCCAGGGGCAGAAUCGGCCACUGUACCUGACCAGGAGGAGCUGGGGGAGGUCUGGCAGCGGAGGGGGAGCCUGGAGGGAGCUGCAGCUGCUGCCGAGAGCCCACCACAAGAAGAAGGCAGUGCUGGGGAGGCCCAAGGCACCUGUGAAGGGGCAACUGCCCAAGAGGAGGGCGCUACUGGAGGUUCUCAAGCCAACGGCCACCAGCCACUGCGGUCACUACCUUCAGUGCGCCAGGAUGUUAGCCGGUACCAGAGGGUGGACGAGGCUCUCCCACCAAACUGGGAGGCACGCAUUGACAGCCACGGCAGGAUCUUCUACGUGGAUCACGUAAACAGAACCACGACGUGGCAGCGACCGACAGCUCCCCCAGCCCCGCAGGUGCUGCAGAGAUCUAACUCCAUACAGCAAAUGGAGCAGCUGAACCGGCGAUAUCAGAGUAUCCGCAGAACCAUGACCAAUGAGAGGCCUGAGGAAAAUACCAAUGCUAUUGAUGGGGCAGGGGAGGAAGCUGACUUUCACCAAGCCAGUGCAGAUUUCCGACGGGAGAACAUCCUGCCUCACUCUACCUCCAGAUCCAGGCUCACGUUGCUGUUACAGUCUCCCCCCGUGAAGUUCCUCAUCAGCCCAGAGUUCUUCACCGUGCUGCAUUCUAACCCUAGUGCCUACCGCAUGUUUACAAACAACACGUGUUUGAAGCACAUGAUCACCAAAGUCCGGAGGGACACCCACCACUUUGAACGCUACCAGCAUAACCGGGACCUUGUGGGAUUCCUCAACAUGUUCGCAAACAAACAGCUAGAGCUGCCGCGGGGAUGGGAAAUGAAACAUGAUCACCAGGGCAAGGCAUUCUUUGUGGACCACAACUCCCGCACCACCACUUUCAUUGAUCCCCGGCUCCCACUUCAGAGCAGUAGACCCACAAGUGCACUGGUUCAUCGGCAACACCUGACAAGGCAACGCAGCCACAGUGCGGGUGAGGUAGGAGAAGAUUCUCGACAUGCAGGACCACCAGUUCUUCCCAGGCCAUCCAGUACAUUCAAUACAGUCAGUAGGCCGCAGUACCAGGACAUGGUUCCAGUGGCUUACAAUGACAAGAUUGUUGCAUUUCUACGUCAACCCAAUAUCUUUGAAAUUCUACAGGAGCGUCAACCUGAUCUUACCAGGAAUCACUCACUCAGGGAGAAGAUCCAAUUUAUCCGAACUGAAGGGACUCCAGGAUUGGUGCGCCUUUCAAGCGAUGCAGACCUUGUUAUGUUGCUGAGCUUAUUUGAAGAAGAGAUAAUGUCAUAUGUGCCUCCACAUGCCUUACUCCACCCCAGCUACUGUCAGUCCCCACGUGGCUCUCCUGUGUCAUCUCCUCAGAACUCGCCAGGUACCCAGCGUGCCAAUGCCCGGGCUCCAGCCCCUUACAAGCGGGAUUUCGAAGCCAAACUGAGGAACUUUUACAGGAAGUUAGAGACUAAAGGAUAUGGACAAGGCCCAGGGAAGUUAAAGUUAAUUAUCCGAAGAGAUCACUUACUAGAAGAUGCUUUUAAUCAGAUUAUGGGCUACUCCAGAAAAGACCUGCAGAGAAAUAAGCUAUAUGUCACCUUCGUCGGGGAGGAAGGGCUGGAUUACAGUGGGCCUUCUAGAGAGUUUUUCUUCCUGGUAUCCAGAGAACUCUUUAACCCAUAUUAUGGCUUAUUUGAAUAUUCAGCCAAUGACACAUACACAGUACAAAUAAGUCCUAUGUCUGCUUUUGUAGACAAUCACCAUGAAUGGUUCCGAUUCAGUGGUAGGAUCCUUGGUCUUGCACUAAUACACCAGUAUUUGUUGGAUGCCUUCUUCACACGGCCCUUUUAUAAGGCUCUUCUCAGAAUUCUGUGUGACCUGAGUGACCUAGAAUACCUUGAUGAAGAGUUCCAUCAGAGCCUGCAGUGGAUGAAAGACAAUGAUAUCCAUGACAUCCUAGACCUCACUUUCACUGUGAACGAAGAAGUAUUUGGGCAGAUAACUGAACGAGAAUUAAAGCCAGGGGGUGCCAAUAUCCCAGUUACAGAGAAGAACAAGAAGGAGUACAUCGAGAGGAUGGUGAAGUGGAGGAUUGAGAGGGGUGUUGUACAGCAAACAGAGAGCUUAGUGCGUGGCUUCUAUGAGGUGGUGGAUGCCAGGCUGGUAUCUGUUUUUGAUGCAAGAGAACUGGAAUUGGUCAUCGCAGGCACAGCUGAAAUAGACCUAAGUGAUUGGAGAAACAACACAGAAUAUAGAGGAGGAUACCAUGACAAUCAUAUUGUAAUUCGGUGGUUCUGGGCUGCAGUGGAAAGAUUCAACAAUGAACAACGACUAAGGUUGUUACAGUUUGUUACAGGCACAUCCAGCAUUCCCUAUGAAGGAUUUGCUUCACUCCGAGGGAGUAACGGCCCAAGAAGAUUCUGUGUGGAGAAAUGGGGGAAAAUCACUGCUCUUCCCAGAGCGCAUACAUGUUUUAACCGUCUGGAUCUGCCUCCCUACCCAUCCUUUUCCAUGCUUUAUGAAAAACUGUUGACAGCAGUUGAAGAAACCAGUACUUUUGGACUUGAGUGACCUGGAAGCUGAAUGCCCAUCUCUGUGGACAGGCAGUUUCAGAAGCUGCCUUCUAGAAGAAUGAUUGAACAUUGGAAGUUUCAAGAGGAUGCUUCCUUUAGGAUAAAGCUGUGUGCUGUUGUUUUCCAGGAACAAGUGCUCUGUCACAUUUGGGGACUGGAGAUGAGUCCUCUUGGAAGGAUUUGGGUGAGCUUGAUGCCCAGGGAACAACCCAACCGUCUUUCAAUCAACAGUUCUUGACUGCCAAACUUUUUCCAUUUGUUAUGUUCCAAGACAAAGAUGAACCCAUAUAUGAUCAGCUCCACGGUAAUUUUUAGGGACUCAGGAGAAUCUUGAAACUUACCCUUGAACGUGGUUCAAGCCAAACUGGCAGCACUUGGCCCAAUCUCCAAAUUAGAGCAAGUUAAAUAAUAUAAUAAAAGUAAAUAUAUUUCCUGAAAGUACAUUCAUUUAAGCCCUAAGUUAUAACAGAAUAUUCAUUUCUUGCUUAUGAGUGCCUGCAUGGUGUGCACCAUAGGUUUCCGCUUUCAUGGGACAUGAGUGAAAAUGAAACCAAGUCAAUAUGAGGUACCUUUACAGAUUUGCAAUAAGAUGGUCUGUGACAAUGUAUAUGCAAGUGGUAUGUGUGUAAUUAUGGCUAAAGACAAACCAUUAUUCAGUGAAUUACUAAUGACAGAUUUUAUGCUUUAUAAUGCAUGAAAACAAUUUUAAAAUAACUAGCAAUUAAUCACAGCAUAUCAGGAAAAAGUACACAGUGAGUUCUGUUUAUUUUUUGUAGGUUCAUUAUGUUUAUGUUCUUUAAGAUGUAUAUAAGAACCUACCUAUCAUGCUGUAUGUAUUACUCAUUCCAUUUUCAUGUUCCAUGCAUACUCGGGCAUCAUGCUAAUAUGUAUCCUUUUAAGCACUCUCAAGGAAACAAAAGGGCCUUUUAUUUUUAUAAAGGUAAAAAAAAUUCCCCAAAUAUUUUGCACUGAAUGUACCAAAGGUGAAGGGACAUUACAAUAUGACUAACAGCAACUCCAUCACUUGAGAAGUAUAAUAGAAAAUAGCUUCUAAAUCAAACUUCCUUCACAGUGCCGUGUCUACCACUACAAGGACUGUGCAUCUAAGUAAUAAUUUUUUAAGAUUCACUAUAUGUGAUAGUAUGAUAUGCAUUUAUUUAAAAUGCAUUAGACUCUCUUCCAUCCAUCAAGUACUUUACAGGAUGGCAUUUAAUACAGAUAUUUCGUAUUUCCCCCACUGCUUUUUAUUUGUACAGCAUCAUUAAACACUAAGCUCAGUUAAGGAGCCAUCAGCAACACUGAAGAGAUCAGUAGUAAGAAUUCCAUUUUCCCUCAUCAGUGAAGACAUCACAAAUUGAAACUCAGAACUAUAUUUCUAAGCCUGCAUUUUCACUGAUGCAUAAUUUUCUUAUUAAUAUUAAGAAACAGUUUUUCUAUGGCAUCUCCAAAACUGCAUGACAUCACUAGUCUUAGUUCUGCUUAAUUUUAUGAGAAGGUAUUCUUCAUUUUAAUUGCUUUUGGGAUUACUCCACAUCUUUGUUUAUUUCUUGACUAAUCAGAUUUUCAAUAGAGUGAAGUUAAAUUGGGGGUCAUAACAGCAUUGGAUUAACAUAUGGUUUGCCAGCCUAUGGGUUUACAGGCAUUGCCCAAACAUUUCUUUGAGAUCUAUAUUUAUAAGCAGCCAUGGAAUUCCUAUUAUGGGAUGUUGGCAAUCUUACAUUUUAUAGAGGUCAUAUGCAUAGUUUUCGUAGGUGUUUUGUAAGAACUGAUGGCUCUCCUGCGAGUUAAGCUAUGUUUACUACUGGGACCCUCAAGAGGAAUACCACUUAUGUUACACUCCUGCACUAAAGGCACGUACUGCAGUGUGAAGAAAUGUUCUGAAAAAGGGUUAUAGAAAUCUGGAAAUAAGAAAGGAAGAGCUCUCUGUAUUCUAUAAUUGGAAGAGAAAAAAAGAAAAACUUUUAACUGGAAAUGUUAGUUUGUACUUAUUGAUCAUGAAUACAAGUAUAUAUUUAAUUUUGCAAACUUUUCACUUGUUUGUAUUCUUUUCAUUAUAAGGAAAAGUAGUAUAACACACUUUUUUUUAAGUCACAUAUUUGAUGGUAUACAAGAUGUUUCAGGGCUGGCAUUCUCCAAGCAGCAGAUAAAGGUUGCAUUUCUUUCAAAAAUACAUUCAAAGACCAUGUUAUCCUUCAUUUUGGUUUGAGAUAUUUAGUUAUGGUAUUUCAUAUUAUUAGGUAAAAGAGAUUUGAAGUAAGAUGUAUCUCCUUAAUUAUUUCUAACAAAUAUAUUUCUUUAUUAAGGCAUCCAACUUUUUCCCAAAUAACAGUACACUUUAAUGUAUGUAGACAUUCUUAAUUAGUAUAAUCAUCUAGUUGAUACUGUUCUCAGAUUGGGAAUUAUCAAAGAUGUACUUAGCAUAUCAGAACACCAUGCUAACUUAUCUAUUAUUCUUUCUUAGUAAAACAAAACAGCCAGUAAUAACUAUAUAAAAUAUUAAAUAACAUUUCCACAGAAUAAAUUAGACUUUCAUGUACUCUACAAUUAGAAAUAUCCAUAAAUAUUUUCUUCUGGACUGUGAACCCAGAUAACUAGGCUUUCUGGUCUUAUUUUAAGUGAUGCUCUUUAUACUAUAGAAGACACUCUUAAUACAUCAUAUAUGUAUGCAGAACAUCUCUUAGAUGAGAGAACAAGCACAUCAUUGGCAUUCCCUCUGUGCCAGUUUGAUGUUUGUUUGACGAUGGAGCUACAAGAGUCUAAAUCUGCCUUUGAAAAGCUCAGCUCACAGUGUAGUAGAAUAGACUCCAAGGUUCAAAAAAGUGUUUUUAAUAAAAUUUGGUAAGUUCUACAAUCAAGGAAUGAAGAGAGAAGAGAACAGCUUUUUCCAUCUGGGAGAUUCAAUAAUGGCUUCAUAUAUAGAUGAUAGUGUGGCUAAAAAAAAUUACAUCAAUGCUGUUUCUAUUGGGAAGCAAUGGCAAGUAAUAGUAUGUCAAUACUGGUCAAGUGUUGAAGCCAGGAUGCACUUACACAACGAGAGUGUAAAGUGUGUAGGGAGCUGAUCUGUGAAGGAGCCACUCAAAGAUUUUGAAAUUAUCAAUGAAAUGCCAAAAUUAAAUCAGGUAGUUUCCCUGUUUCCCUUCAUCUAUUCUACAAUGCACCGUUGGUUUUCAGUGUGAAAAAUCCCAAUCCCUGAGCCCAAACCACUUCUGGGGUCAAAACAUUUUUCUUGUGCACAAAAUGAAUGGAUCUUGGUCAAAGAAGUAUGGUCACAAUUUUCUAGCAUAUAUUGCGUUUAUAAUUUAGCAGAAAUUCUGCAAUAAAUAAAGGAAAAUCUGUUUUACCUGUGCAACAAUCAGAAAUGGUAAAAAUGCAUUCAAGUGUUUGAAAGUAAUGGUAGAAUAUGCUUGCAUAGUGCUUUAUAGUUUCAAAGUGCUGUCAGGUACAUCGUCCGUUUAGCUCCUCACGCACUUUGUAGGGUACAAGCAUCAUGUUCCAUCUGGGUUGAGGCUGAUUUUCAUGGAUGGCUUGUGGCAUCAGUUUCAUUACUUCAUAGUCACAAUUCUGUGUUUCAUCUUGAGAAAUGUGGAGACUAAUGUUUGUACCAGUAUAUUCCACAUUCAGUGAGGUUUCCAAGAUGCUUCCUCCAAACUCUCUCUUUCUUAAACAGAUACAUUUAAAAUAUGACACCUUCUGAAAAGUCCAUAAAGAAAUUAGCAUAUUCAUGGAAAAAAUUUCCCCGUAGACUUAUUUGCAUUUCAUGACUUGACAUGAGAAAUUUAAAAAACAGAAGGCAAAAUAUGAUUGCUUUUGAUGGAUUUAUACAGAAUAGUCAUUUAAUUUUCUCAAGUAUUAUUUGGAAACAAGAUAAUGGAAAACACUAAUCAGAAGCCUUAUUUUAUUUUUAAAUUUUUAAUAGGGAUGGAUCUAGUAAGCCCUAAUAGCUGAGUUCCAGUGAUAAAAUUCACAAAUUUUAUUUAUGAUUUGACCACUUCUAACAAGGCAGAUAUCUUAGAAUGAAGAUAGGAGUCUGUUCAAUUUAACCUUAUUCAGGAAACUCCGUAUUUAUGUGAAAUGAUGCAAUGCCAUUAUUAAGAGGUAUCUGUAACCCUGCAUAAUAAAAACAUGCAUAAGAAGAAUGUGGUCUAAUCUCCAAACUGAGUCUCAGUUUCAGGGCCUUUUGCUUUUUUUGUUUGUUUGUUUGAGACAGUCUGGCUCUGUCAUCCAGGCUGGAGUGCAGUGGCACAUGAGCUCACUGCAACUUCCACCUCCCAGGCUCAAGCGAUCCUCCCACCUCAGCCUCCUGAGUAACUGGGACUACAGGUGCACACCACCACACCUGGCUAAUUUUUGUAUUUUUGUAGAGACAAGGCCCAGGCUCGUCUCAAACUCUUGAGCUCAAGCGAUCCGCCUGCCUUGGCCUCCCAAAGUGCUAGGAGUAAUUAUAGGUGUGAGCCACCAUGCUGGCAGUUGUUUUUGUUUGUUUAUUUGUGAUAAGGUCUUGCUGUCACCCAUGCUGGAGUGCAGUGGCAUGAUCUUGGCUCACUGCAACCUCUGCCUCCCAGGCUCAAGCCAGCCUCCCACCUCAGCCUCCGAGUAGCUGGGACUACAGGCAUGCACCACCAUGCCCAGCUAAUUUUUUUAUAUUUUUUGUAGACACAGGGUUUUGCCACGUUGCCCAGGCUGGUCUUGAACUCCUGAGCUCAAGCAGUCCUCCCACCUUGGCCUCCCAAAGUGCUGGGAUUACAGACAUGAGCCGCUGGGCCUUGCUCUGUUUUGUCUGCUUUCUGAUUUAGUAGGUGAGGGACAGCACUCUGGACCUUAGCCAUUUUACUUCCAUCUUACUGCCGUGAGUUUAAUGAGAAUGUCACUUUUAGACUCUAAUUUUCAAAAACUUAGUUUCUUUCCCGUUCAUUUGUGUUUUCCAAAUUAAUUUGUUUGUCUAGUAUGGAUGCAAAGGAAUGCUGAAGACAUUAAAGCUUUCUGAAUUGUGGCUUAAGGCCAGCUACUGCCCACUGAAAGGAUGAUAAAAAUAAAAAAGGAGGAAAGAGGAGCCCAGCAGUUGUGCCACCCCCCAAGAAUAUAAUGCUAAUUAUUGACCAACUGUCAAGAUUCAGAGUGGUAACUGCAUUCCAAGGAGCUGUCAGGAAGGAUGACCGUGUGUGUGCUGUCCAUAUCAUAGCCAUCUGGGUCAGAAGGAGUGAAAGGAUGGUUAGGACAGGAGUGUAGUGGAGGGAAAGUUAAAACAACGGUAGAUGGAUCAUCUUAGGGCUUGCUGGUGGGGGUAGGAACAUACUUCAAUUUGGUUUCUGACUGAGAAGAAGAAAGCUAUGCUCCCUGAUGAAGGCACAGUUUGAUCUACUAGAUGGGAAGUACCCUCAUUUUAUAACUUCAGUAAUUUAACAUUUUCUGUAUUGCAAAAUGGAAUUUAGUCCCAAAGUAUUCAAGCUAACCAUAGCUUGAUCAGGAGAUUUGACAAUUUAGCAUAAAAUUAUGUGUGGAUUUUUUUUAUUUAAGAAUUAUUGUUACUAUUAUUGAACACCAUGUAUGAAAUAAAAGAAAGGGUGCUUUUAUUUCAUUAUACUUAUUUGGUUUUUUUAGCGGACAUCCCUUGACAUUAGAAUAGCAUUUGAGACAUUUUCAUGAUUUCUAAAGAUAACUUAAAUGCUCUCUGUUAAUCUGGAAAGUGAAAUCCUAAGAGUGAGGUUGCAAAUGGAGACUGAAUUAGUGUUUCCAAGUCAGGAAGUUAAUCAAGACUGGAAAUAGAUUUGCUUAGAUUUUAUCUGCAGAGUCGUUUAUUUGGCUUUCGUAACUGAACAGCUCAGCAGAAUAAGAUGGCCCUAGUUGUAUGGUUUCUGGGGAACACAGGAGAAUUAAAUUUAUAUAUGUGAUUUUUAUGUGUAGUGCCCUUGGGCAGGUGAUAUCUUUCUAUAUGACUUUUAAGAUAUUACAACCUGAGGAGUGUGGAUAGCUGUGUUAUGUGAUUCAAACUGAAUCAGCUAUUACUGAUGCAGGUAGGGAGCCAUCAGUCAACUUCCGGUUACUAUCACCUUCAUAAAAAAGAAUGGAUGAUGUUCAGGAAUUACCUUGGAAGGAUUAACCAGGAAUUAACACAGAAUGGGAUGUUCUUUUAGGACCCUAAUGCUCUAAAGAUAAAAUUACAACCUAUUUUUCUUUAUAUGAUAGCAUAAGUAAAAUUUGGGGCUGUUAAUAUGUUGGAAAGUGCUUAAAAUUACAUGUUUUUAUAAUAGGGAUGCAGGCAUUCCAAAAUAAAUGAAUAAAAAUACAUGCAUCUCUCUCACCUCUUACUGAAAGUAUUAAUCUAAUUUUAUAGUAAUGAUUACUUUUUAAUAUUAAGGCUCUGUAAAAAAAUUAUUUCUAAGAUUUCAGUAGAACACAGGUGGUGUAUUUUUUUAAGCUUUUAAUUUCUCCUCACCAACCUCAGUCAUUACGUUCACCACACAGUGUGUCACAGUUAAUAGUGGUAUUUCAGUUUUUGCGUUGAUUUAAGCUUCAUAUUUAUUUAAUGUGACUUUUAAUGGAGAAUAAUAAUGGGAGAUGCUUGUUGUUAGCAUUAAGGUUAUACAGCUCUCACUUCACCUUAUAUGUAUUUUUUUUUCAAAGUAAAUAAUGCAGAUUGUUGACAUCCUAGAAAUGGUUUCUGGGUGGUAUUAUAUGGGGCCUAGGACUCUGAACUGGGACUAGUUGUUUAUUUUCUGGGAAGUCUGUAUUCUUAUUCUCAACUGAACCCCUGACUCUUUUGUUGUAUUUUUUAUGAUCCCGAAAUGCUUUGAGGGAAAGAUAUUUUAAUGUGUACAAUUUGUUUUAUUUUCAUACUGAUCUCUAUUUUUGUUUAAAACCAUGUUGCAUCAUGAAAUCACUUAAUCCAAAAUAAAUCUUCUUUAAAAAAAAUA